GGUGGGAGGGAGGAGAAGCUAGCUCGAGCAGCAGCGACGACAAUGAAGGGACGGCAGAUAUACGGUGAGUUUUUAUGUGCGAUGCACAUUAUUAUACCGAGUGCUCACAUGCUGACUUGCGUAUAGUUGAUAGAGUAGCUUUCUUUAGAGAUCACACAAAAGACCUGGAGGCGCCCCUAACGUCAGAAGGUGCCGUUAGCUUACUCCAGCAAUACCUAGACCGACUCAAGCCAGAGCUACAGGAAGAGCAGGAAGCUCGACGGAAAGGCAGACCUCCAAGCAAACGCCAGGAAGUUCUGAUUGAGAAAAUCGAAGCUGAAGAAAAGGAAUAUCAGACCGGAUUUUGGAUGCCAGACUUAGAAUGCGAGGACAGUCUGCGUCGACUGCGCAACUGGAAUAAGGAUUGGUCUGCAAUGAGCAACCUCAAAUUCGUCAGACUCAGUAAGGCCGGGGAUAAACGGCCGUCACUGUUCCCGCCCAAGGGGCUGUCAUGAUCUUACCUACGGCAUUUCCACAAUGAUACCAUACUCUGUAUAUCCUUGAUCUUUGGACACGAAAUAAUGACUUUAUGAUGUUGCCGCAGGUGGCACAUCUACAAACGCCUAAUAGAGCGAUUAACAAGCAACCACUUAUAAUUUUUCUAUGGAUAACAUGGAAUACCCGUCACGACUGGACUUCUCCAUCGAAUAAAAUAUAAACAUAGACUGUCAAUUGCAGAUUUUUGACAUAUCAAGUCUCUAUCGCUUCAUACUCCGUACAAAAAUAUCAAAUGCACCGCUUAGUCAGCUUAUCUUCUAUGGAGCUGCCCUGGCAAGGACCCUGAGAGAAAAGAUGAAGCUCUCUUUUUCACGGGGCAAGACGAACUGUCCUAUCAUGCGCUCUCCAUUACUAUGUACCUUGAGACAUCCCGCGGCAUGGUACAAGGAUUAGGUAGAGGGAA